AUGGCUAAGUUAUUGCAAGUAUCGCACAACAUCGAACACAUUCAAUCAGACUCGUCAACCUUCAUGAGCAGCACAAUUAAUAUUUCAUAUUUUAAUUUAUCCAUUUGGGAAAUCAGGAAGGUUUGGGAGAAUAUUAAUGUUGAAUUAGUAGCAUUAAUAAGUUGUUUGCAUGUUAAUAAUCGUCACAUUCAUCCAAUGAAAUAUUAA